CUCAUUGUGUGUAUGGUAAUAAGCGGCUGCGGCGCUGUGCCCCACUCCGCCUCCCCGGGGCUGCGCCGCUGCUGCCAUCGCCGCUAUGCGCCCUGCUCCGCCGCUGCCCCAGCUGCCCCGCCGCCGGGCUCCUAUAUAAGUGUCGGAGCGGGACCCAGGGGGCUCCUGAAGAUGAGGGCUCCGCCGCCUCCGUCCUCUCUGCAGAGCUCAGCGCUUCUGGCCGGCCGCCUGCCAGGGGAGAGCCCAGCCCAGCGCCCCGCAGCAGCAGCGGCAGGGGGCCGCGCAGGGCAGCGGCGCAGGGAGUAGCUGCAGCGCGCUGGCGGCUCCCCUGCCCCCGCGGCCGCUGCCAUGAGCUGCUCGGACGUGGUGAUGCACCAUUCCCAGGCGGCGUGUGGGGCGCCCCAGUAUCUGCCAAGCCCGGUGGCGGCAGCCGCGUAUUGCCCCCCUCCUGCGCCCAGCCAGCAGAAGAAGUUAGCUGUUUACAACAAGAUGCAAGAGUCCCUGGAGGUGACCCUUCCCAGCAAACAGGAGGAGGAUGAGAAAGACCAGCCCGCUGAGAUGGAAUACCUUAACUCUCGCUGUGUCCUUUUCACUUACUUCCAGGGAGACAUUGGGUCAGUAGUGGAUGAACACUUCUCAAGAGCUUUGAGCCAAGCCAGCAGCUUCAACCCAGAAACUGCCCUUUCAAAAAGCAAGGCAGGGCUAAGCCCCCUGUGGAGAGAGAGCUCAACAAUUUCAAGCCAACGGAGCAGUUUUCCAGCUUCAUUUUGGACCAGCUCUUAUCAGCCUCCACCUCCGCCAUGCUUGAGUGGAGUCCAUCCUGACUUCCCAGUCACUGCACCAGGCACCUUCCCAACAGCAGAUCCAAGCAGCUGGCCAGGACACGGCCUUCAUCAGACUGCCCCACCUCCUCCCUCUACUGCAUCAGAAUCCUGGCAUUAUCCUUUAGCAUCUCAGGUUAGCCCUUCAUAUGCACACAUGCAUGAUGUGUACAUGCAUCACCAUCACCCCCAUCCACACAUGCAUCAUCACCACCCCGGCUCUCAUCUUGACCCACGGUAUGGAUCCCUAUUGAUGCCUUCAGUACGUGCAGCCAGGAUUCCUGCUCCACAGUGUGACAUGACAAAGACAGAUCCUACUACUGUCACCAGUGCUACCUCAGCAUGGGCUGGAGCCUUUCACGGAACAGUGGACAUUGUGCCAAGCUUCGGGUUUGACACAGGUCUACAGCAUCAGGACAAGAGCAAAGAAUCUUCUUGGUUCUGAAGAUCAGAUGCAUCUGAGCACCAGCUAGUGUCCCCACAGCUGGGAUGAUGAUAUUGAAACUGUUGACUGUUUCUGCACGGGGGCAGAGGACACACCGCUAGGGAGAAGAUGAAGAGCUAGUCAUUCUGGUUUUGCUAUUGAGCCUUUUCUUUGGCAGGCCACUUCUGGGUCCCAGAACAUAGAAGAAAAAAAACUUGUUUUUCUUUCUUUCCUCAUCUGAGCCUGCUGCAGCUGUGCAACUUAACUCCGUUUUGCUCCUUUAACAGUGUUUUGUUUUGUUCAUUCUGGUGGGUUUUUUAAUGCACAGCCUUGAUUGUAGGGAAAAGACUGUGCCUUGACUACAGUGCUCAUCCUUUCAGGAACAGAGUUUUUGUAGCUCUUUGUGUGUCUAUUUUUGUAGAAAUACAGAAAGUUUGGGUAAGAAUUGGUGGACUAUUUUAGGAUUCCGUAUUUUUUUUAAAAAAAUUGUAAAAUUGUUAAGUUCUGUUUAAAGAACUUGCUCUCAGAGAAGCACUGGCAAAAAAUGUAUAAACGCUUAUUUUUAGAUA